UCAGUACAGAAAAAAACAGUCAUCGUUGAGGUCGUCGUAAAGAAAUGGCAGCCCAUCAAUUUUACGAGAAUAAAUUUACAAAUUUUCAUAAAAAUCACAUCAAAUUAUUUGCUGUUUACAUGAAAACAGCAAAUUUAAUGCAAAACGCGAACGUCCUCAAAAGGUCGCUAUAAAGACGCGAACGGACGCGAACGGUGCGAACGGACGCGGUCUCAGCGGUCUCAGCGGUGUCAGCGGUCUCCGUUAAUAAUUAUUAUUUAAGCCGUGUAACGCGAAAAUUGAAGUUUUGGUUUUUAUUUAUUAACUCUUCUGUUUCUGUUCCUACUCCGGUUUCUAUAUUUCCAUUUCUGUUGGGGACUGGUUUUUGCUUUGGUUUGGAUUCGUUUCUGGGAUGUUGUGCGAACCAAGUAUUUUGUAACAAGCAACAAAACAACAAAAAAAGUGUUAAUAAAGCAGUGCGAUAAUUUUUAUUUUGGCCAAGUUAAGAAGGAACAUUUUAUGAAAAACUAUACUGAAAUUUGUUAUGAGUCGAACAUUUAUUAUGCUUUUGGCCAUUGAGAAGUAGACGGCAGAAAACAGAAGUUACGCAUUUUUUACAUGAAUUUUAUUUUUGUGGCGUGGAGCUGAAACCAAAACCGAAAAAAAUACACUCGUAUAUUUUAUAUCCUCAAAACUACACUGACUACACGGAAUACACUGCAAGAAAAAUACAAGUUCCAUGAAGCGCUUAUGAAAUAGUGCAGAAAAACCCCAAUUGCUAAAUUUUUACGUACUUAGUUUC